GUGAGAACAGCGGACCCUUUUAGAGCUCUUUAAUGUGCAACACCCAUUCUGACAGCUUUAGUUUUGAAACAGCAAAAUGUUAACUUAGUAUGUGAAGCCUGUUUAAUACAAGAGACAUUAUUGUACAGAAGAUAACAUCACACUGCAUAUGAUCAGCAGAAGGGAAAUGAACACCAACCAUAUAAUCCUAAUUUUCUUCUAUGGACAAUUGUGGAGAUAACUUUCUACAGAGAUACAGAGGCCACCAACAAACCUAUCGUCAACUAUUUUUCUGACAAUCAAGGAGAACAUUGGUCAGUCUUGAACAAAAAUAAAGGAAAUACAGCUCCCAGGUUCCUGUACCAAUCAAAUGAACUUGCCAUCUUACACAAAACCGAAGAGCCAUCAGCAGCUAUCAUGACACCUCAGACCACUACAACAGAAGAAAGUGAACCCAGUGAUGGGAGCUGGAUAGCUGCAAUGUUAAUUGGCAUAAUUUUGUGUGGUAUGAUGAUAGUUAUUAUUAUAAUUCUGCUGUGGAAAUGCUCAAAAAAGCCAACUCGAGUUGAUCCAAACUGGGCAGGUCGCUCUCCAUUUGCAGAUGGAGACACGCCUGAUAUCUUUGUGGAGAAUAUUAAAGACAUGGAGAUGGCCACAAAACGUACAUCAGUUCUCUCUAUCUUGCCAUGGAAAUUUAACAAAAAUACGCCCCUGGAUGAUUCUAAAAACUCUGAAUCAAAAGGCAGGCCUGAGAAGCCACCCAGCUGCAACACAAUGGAGAAGAGCAACCAAUCCACCCCUACACUAAAGGGAGGCUCUGGCCCAUUAGCCGACAACAUUUCGGUUUCCUCUUCAAAUAUUAUCAAUGGGCCCCCACCUCCUGUUUCAGAUGGACUGGGUGAUGUAUGCGACCCUCCACUCAACCCAAUCCUUCUGCCACCUCCACCUGACGAAGUCCAGGAGAAUCACUGUCCUGAAAUCAGCAAAUCCCUUGAAUUUCAAUCAGAAGCACAGAGCCAGUUUCCCCCUCCUCCUGACUUACCCAAUCAAGAUACACUAAAGGGAGGCUCUGGCCCAUUAGCCGACAACAUUUUGGUUUCUUCUUCAAAUAUUAUCCAUGUGCCCCCACCUCCUGUUUCAGAUGGACUGGGUGAUGUAUGCGACCCUCCACUCAACCCAAUCCUUCCCCCACCUGAGUCACUUGAUCUGCCACCUCCACCUGACUGGCUUAACGAAGUCCAGGAGAAUCACUGUCCCGAAAUCAGCAAAUCCCUUGAAUUUCAAUCAGAAGCACAGAGCCAGUUUCCCCCUCCUCCUGACUUAACCCAUCAAGAUGUAAAUUGACCAUUGCUGCCACCACCAGCAUGACCAGACCCUGGAUAAAUUGAAGGAGCCUGCUUUGCAACAUACUUCACAUCCUUCUUAAAAGUGUUUUGAAGCAAAUGAUUACGUGAGAAGUGGAGAUAGAUAAGAACUAUAUGAAGUUACAGCUUUUAUUAAACAUCAGCUUUUUACAGAUGGGAACUGCCUACUGAUCUGUUUGAAACUAAUCACUUCAAUACAGGGUAUGGACGGUAGCUAAAGGAAAAAUCGGGACCAAGUACUUAAAUGGUGGUCUAGUAGUUACAGAUUUUAAAAGCUAUAGAAAAAGAAAUUUCAUAUAUACAGUUUUCAAAAUGCAAUGAGUCCAGCUUUAUAGAAAGACAGCUUCUAACUUUUAUGUUUGCUUUUUUGGGCUGUAUAACUUGAAUUAACAAUCACUUUAGCAGCACACUUCACAUUUAAUUUUAAUAAAAUGUUUGAAUACAAAGGCGUCUCGGUGACUUGUACUGAAAUUAAAAUUCACUAAAUUUUCACUUGAUUAAACACAAAACCUCUGAUUAGCAGCAAAACUCCAGUGCCUGGACACACUUACAAACUUAUAUGUUUUCCAUAUAAAUUUAGGUUUAUUUACUGUACACUACUUGGCACUUCUAUAGCACAUAAAUGAAGUAUCUCAAAGCAUUUCAACAACUAGCCCUCAUAACAUCCAUCCAAAAGGGAGAGGAACCCUUUUUAUUUAUUUAUUUUUUAAAACUGACCAGUCAUUUGAAAACUGAACUUAUUUCCAAUAGGUGUUUAGUUGCCAGCCUCUCUUCAGUCUUUUUUAUAAUACCAGGGUUUUUUGCAGCCUUGAGGUCCAUUACAAACAUUGCCAUCUGUAAGAGAAUUAACCCUGGAAAAGUUAUUUACAGUAAAAAGACCGAGACCCUAUCAAUGCUAAUUGUGGAUUCAUCAUGCUGGAUUAAUUCAAAAGGAGUCUAGUGGUUUCUCUCUCACCCACUCGAAAGAAAAAUUACUAGUGUACGGACUCUUCAUUUUUUGCUAGAACAGUAAGAAAUGUUAACUUUUAUUAACGAGUGCG